GAUGGCCUGUGAAUCAUAAGCCAUAGGUCUGAUAUCAGAUAACAGUUCAAAACCAAGGGAGACUGAGUCAUGCCGUGCAAUGCACAGAAGCAUCGAUAGGCUCCCAUGAGGUCAUCAUCGUAUGCUUGGUACACAACUUGCUCCAUGAGCAACGCAUCAUGCAUCAUGAUCAUGUUUGAUCUCGUCCGCGUGGAUAGGAAACGGACUACCUGCGUGGUGUGCGCAUCUCUGUAUGGUUAUACACCAGUCCAUGAUGACUGCGUGGAUUCUGUGUGCGAGCACUGGUCUGGUCGGUUUGACAGGGUCGUAUGUGCUUGUGUGGUAAUGCAUCAAGUGGGUUUAUCAAGUACUUUUGGGUUCGCGGGUCAAGGAGCACAAUGUCGUACGUGCACAGAUGAGCGCACAAAUGCACCGAUGAACCACGUCCGACGUAUCAGGACGAACAGACCUCGUAUGCAAAGGCAAAGCGGCUUGACCCUAUUUCAAAUGUGUUUUGAUUCGGGAACAGGGCGAUGUCGCACGCGAAUGCACGAUGCAAUGAUAAACCACGCCUGACGUAUCAGGCGGACAGUCCUCGUAUGCAAAGACAAAGCCACUUGACCCUGAUGAU